UAAAGGGUUCCGAGAAGGGACGAGAAGACGUCGUUAACGACGAGCGCCACUACUGUUUCCGGAGUUGUUAUUAGCGAGGUAGCUGCUAAUCUUCGUCUCGCCGCGAUCGGCGUUCGUGGGAUGGCUUGAAGUACUAUACGUGCGAGCAGAGAGCAAUGGCGCCACGCAUCAUUCAACUCGGGCUCGUUACCGUGCUCUUCAUGCUGCUGUUGGCAUCGGCGGCGGCUCUGAUCUCCGGAGCUCAUGGAGCACGCCACCGCCUCGCGGCCGCAGAUGACGGCAGCAAACGCCGCCUAGUAGGGGUCGUGGAGCAGCAGGCGCGCGACGACGCGGUGGCCACCGGGAGGUGGUCUGCGACCGUCAGGAAAGGCGUUGGCGGCGGCCAUGGCCACGGUGGACGCGGCCACGGACGCGGUCACGGGCGCGGACACGGCAACGAACGCGGGCACGGCACGCCGGAGACGCCUGCCGUGUCGUACCCUCGCACGGUCGUCGGCAACGGCAACUACCGCCACGGCCGCAGCGCCGCGGCUACCACGACGGCGGGCCCUGCAGGCCGGCCGGCUGCCGCGCGCGCCGUGCUCGUUGCAGCGGCCCUUCUGCUGCUGCUGCUUCGUCUCUGAUCUCCUCGAUCGCUCACCGACAUUGUUUGUUUGGUGGAACGAUUUCAUAUUUUAUCUUGUUUCUGGUGGGAUCGACGAUGGAUGUUGAAAUUGAAUGCCUCGUUUAGUAGUGGUUCCAUUUGGACACGAUGUUGCACGUCUCUGAGCUCUUGCGAGGAUGGAAAGAACAACGAACAAUCUCUUUCCGAUU